AUGAAGGGCCCAAAUGGCCAGCCAGCCACAAUCUCAGAGAUUAUGGCUGAGGUCGGCAAUCUUCUUGCUGCUGGUGUCGAUACGACAUCGGUCACCAUCAAGGCGGUGCUCAGCCCGCUCCUCGAGGAUCCUUCGCGCUACCCGCGCCUCAAGAGGGAAAUAGAUGCUGCGCGAGAGGCAUGUGGCAUCUCCAGAGAGUUGACAUACCACAACAUCAAGGACCUUCCAUUCUUGAGCGCAUGCACGAUGGAAGUCCUUUCGAUCCGCAACAGCAUCAAACAUGAUGGCCAGCCAAAGCACUCUCCUGUCCCCAGCGCAUUCAACCCUGAGAAUUUUGGGCCAGCUCUCUCAGCUUCCAGCGGCCUGUUCGCAUUGAGGACUUUCCUUGACCAAUACAGCAAUCCCUUCACUGACUCCCUCGACUACUGCGUCGGCACCGUUGCCAAUACCACCACUUUCCCUUGGCGUGACAAGCUUUUAACUCUCAAGGAAGAUGGCCCUCUCUACGCAAUGGACCCAAGACUCUUGGAACCUAUGGUGCCUAUGACUUUGACGGCCAAUGGGAGAGCGAGACUUUCACCGCGCAUCCCAAGUAUGAUGCUGUUACCCGAAAGUUGCUCUGCUUUGGCUACGAGGGGAAGGGUAUUGGAUCAGCACGGAGUUACGACGGAGAAAGUCUGGUUCACUGCUCCAGUCUGCGGUUUCCAGCAUGAGAUGGCGGCGACCGAGAAUCGGGUGCUGUUUCCAAUUUACCCAAUGCAUCUUGAUAGCAUUUACCACCUCAAGGCUGGUGAAAACCACUGGCAGUGGUACCCUGACCGACCCUACUACAUUGGCGUUCUCCCCAGACGAGGAGCUACGUCGAGCGAUGUAAAGUGGUUCUAUGGUGCCAAUGCAUAUAACGGACACGUAGCCAACGCGUGGGAGGGGGAUGGCAAGAUCCACCUCUACAUGAGCCACGCCAACGGUAAUUUUUUUGGCUUUUUCCCUGACAAGGACGGAAAUUCACCCCCUAUGGGCUCAAAUCCUGCUCGGUUGGCCCACUGGAUGAUUGACCCCGAGACCGACAACCUUGAACUCGAACCUGAAAUAGUCAUUGAAAAGGAUAAUGAGAUGAUCCGCGUCGAUGACUGA